UGGAAGUGUACAGUUUUCUAUUGAAAAGUUCUCUCAAGAGCUCAUGAUCUUUUUCCAUCGCCCCUCUUAAAGUUUCUACUACUAAACAGCCAUGGCUCACCACGCAAGGCCUUCCAGAUUAGUCAAAAAGGAAGAGUUAGGCAAAAGAAAAACUAACCAAGGCAAAAAGAAAUCUAGUCAAGUGAGGAAAAAAGCCACAAAGACUUCCACAAGAGCUGUUACUUCUGGAAAGUGCAAAAAGACAGCCCAAGAAAAAGAUGUUAAGAAAAAACAGCAAGAAAAGAAACCAAUCAUGAGCUCAUCAGGUAGACUUCUCAGGAGCAGCAUAACCAGAACCUUGUCUGGAGCAUCUUGGGUGAGUUUGGAGAAAGCCGGCAAUAUUCUUUUUCAUAGCCAGGAUGCUUUCAACAUCAAUGGCUUUACAAUGUCUCUUCGUAACAGAACAUUCACCCGUAGAUGGAUCCAAACUUCAAUUGCAAAACCCAGGAAAACUGCAGCACAGAAAAAGCUAGAAACAAAGGAAAAACAAGAACAAGAAGCUCUGGCAGUAGUAGAAGAAAAAAAUGUUGAGGCAGGCGAAAGCAUUUUGAAACAAGAUUUAGCACAAAAUGAAUUAGCUCUUCUUCCUGGAGAGGAUUUGCCAUGCUGUGCAGACAAAGAGCCUGCCACCAAAAGUGAUAGUGAAGACAAAGAGAAAGAAAUACCUGAAACAAAUGACUCCAUUCCAAACAGUGGAGUAGCUGAUUACAAUCCAGAAGCGUCAGAGGUGGAGUGUAAGCAAGAAGAGCUGCCCAGUGAGCAGACACACAGCCAUGUCAAUACGGGUAGUUCAGUCGAAGCAUUUGUUGAAAAUGCCGUGCUUGUGCUUCCAUCUUCUCCUUCUGAUUCUACAAUCACCUCUGAAUCAAACUCAAAGGUACUUUUACAGACUUCCUUUGAUCUGGUGCCUAACAGUAAUGAACCUGAUUUCAAGUCCAGCUCUGUCAAUACCUCAGACCUCAGUUCAGCAGUACCAUUAGAAGAGUUGGGUCCACCUGCUGAAUCCCAGGUGCAAACAGAGUUGGAUCUGGUGCUACCUAAUAAAGAACAUGAUUUGAAUUCUACGUCUAUGUUUACCUCUGAGCUUGACUCACAAGAACAUUUAGAAGAUUCAAGUUCACUUGCAGAAUCCUGCUUAAAGGUGGACUGGGAUUUAGAGUCUGUGAAUGAAGAACCUGUUUCACAUUCCAACUCAGUUGCUACCGCUGAAUCAAAUUCCCUUUUACAUUUUGAAGGCUCAAGUUCAUUUACAGAAUCCCACUUAAAAAUGGUUAUGGAUUUUGUACCUGUUCACAAAGAACUUAACUCAGGUUCUGAUCAGAGCUGUACAAGAGAGAAUUCAGAAUCUGACUCAAAAAACAUAUUUUCAGUAUGUGAAUCAGCUUCCAAUACCUCUUUAAACAAUAUUGAAGUGGAGGAAAUUGAACAGCUUGUUAAGUGUAUUGAUGCAGAAACUUCAAUUUUGAAUUCAGGUAAUGUCCCCACUUCAUCUGAUGAGGAAAAAAGCACAGUGGAUAAAAUCUUCGGUGAAAGCUCUGGACAGUUCUCUGAAGGUUUUGUUUCAGUGUUGCCUUCAAGCACAGAAAUCUCUGUUCUUGCCUCUGAAAAAGCCAUAAAUGUAGAUUUGCCAGCUGACUCAAGACUGCAGCAUAAUGAUUAUUCAUCACAGCUGGAAAACGUUGGAAUAAACUUGAAUUUGGUUCAGGACAGCAUGAGUGACAGCAUUGAAGCAUCAGAGGCCUCCGGGCCAUCCUCUCUUAAAAAGCCAGCUUGUGAUUACCCCGUUCCAUAUUCGUCUUUGUUCCCUAUGCUAGAAAAGAAGAAACGAAGGCGUUGUGGAGUCUGCGAGCCUUGUCUGCGGAAAACAAAUUGUGAAGAAUGCAGCUGUUGCAGGAAACGCAAAACUAGCCACCGGAUAUGUAAAAAGAGAAAAUGCGAAGAACUGAAAAAGCCACCACCACCAAUAACGCUACCUGUUGAGGUUCUAUCUGAAAACAAAAGGCCUCAGAGGAGGAAGCAAAGAGUUUUAAAGGCAAAUUUAGAAAACAAACCAGUAAAUGGCCGCAGACCAGAACUCAUGGAAUGCAGUAUAUGUGGUCAUGGUGAAAAAUACAGGGUGAAACCAAACCAAACACUACCCCUCGAAAAUGCACAGUGUAAGGAGAAAGAAAGAAUGACAGGCUUAGAAGCAGAGAAUUGGGCACAUAAUGAGAAGUCAUCUUUUGGUGUCCAUGUCAACGGAGACAUCCAUGGAACUGUGACAGGGAGCGAACACUUGAAAAGCACUGGAGAAAGUGAAAGAGCAGUCUCCCCCAGUCAGGUAACUGAGCCAAAAAAGUCACUUGCACAAGCCAUCAGAAAUGGCAUAAAAACCCUACAUUAUUCACCGCCAGAAUCAGUUGUUUCCCUGAAAAAAGUACCUGCAGAGGAAAGAGCAGAUUUGACAAGCAACUCCCAUACGCAUUGGACGAAAGCUGCUAAUCUGAAUGACAUUGUAAAUACUCUGACAACUGGUGUUAGUUGUGUUCAUGCAGAAAAGCAAGGAAAUGUUUUCAUGAAAGAGAAAAACUGCGCUUGUGUGGUCCUUCACGAUUCUGAUAAGUCUGUUUUGCAAACUGGCUCCAUUUCGGAUCUGCAGGGAAGUUUGUGUUGUCCUCCACUGCCUGAAGAGGAAGCCCCUGCAGAGAAGGAUGGCAUUAAAAUACCCAACCAAGAGAUAAAGCAGGAGAAUCCUUCAUUCCAGCCCACUUUCCUGUCCCUGAUUAAAAACAGAAAUUUAACCGUUGAGCAGGUUGUAGCUAUUGAAGCUUUAACACAGUUGUCUGAAGCCCCUUUAGAAACUUCACCGAUUAAAACCAAAAGUACAGAAUAUAUAGAAGAAACAGCUUCCAGCUUGCCCCAGAGUUACAGAAGAGAUAUUUCAUCCUCCUUUACCUCACCUACAUUGAAGGAAAUCAAAGACACUUACUUGCAGAAUGAGCAGCAGCUCUUGUCUCACUGUGCGGCCUCACAGAAACAGCUCCCUAACAAGGCAGUGUUGUACAACGGGCAAAGUUUGACUGCUGACUUGCAUGAUAAACCUGCCGCUCUGGCUGGUGAGAUGUAUAAAUUACACUUAUCCUCACAGGAUACCAAAACCUUGGCUGGUGUAACAUCUAAUGCAAAACCAUUUUGGGGCCAUACUACCAAGAGUAAUUUUAUGUAUGAUCAAGUGACACUUGCCCGGUAUUGCAAUGCUUCAUUCAAUGUCCAACAAAGCAGUAACAACUUGGAAAUUCUUGCCCAGUUAGAGCAAAAACCAACCUGCAAUGACUUGAACUUGAAAACUAGCUCUUUAAUGAAAGAAGGAGGAAUUCACAGCCAGGAUGAAGAGGAUGUAGCUACUCAACUAACUCAACUUGCAGCAUUAAUUGAAUCAAACAAGACAAAUCCAGAGCAGAAGAACGACAUUAAGGCAUCGCUGCUCAAUCUAAUAUCACAUGAGAGGCAGCCAAAACAGAACCAAGAUCAGUGCCUGUUGCAGAAAAAAGAAACCGUAUUUCUUCGGCAUAAUUAUAGUUCCUUACUUUUAAAGCAGAAGCAAGCAGCAAAUAAAAAAGGAAAUGCUGUGCCAUGGAAACCGAGGCACAAAAAGAAGCCUCAGGAAUCACGCUAUCAACAAAAUAAUCCAAACCAGCUUGAGCUGCUGCCAUGCCAGCAUAGUGAGUUACGGGACGUUUGGAUAUCAUCAAAGCUGCACCGGCUUGGUCAUACCAUGCCACAGGACUCCAGAAUAUCUGCAUCAGAAAAGAAAUCUCCAAGAACCAAAGUACAGAAAGCACUGAAUUCGAGUACUUUAUCACAAGAAAAAACAAGAUUAUUUCUCCCACAAACUCAGAUAAAGUUCCACAGAUGUUUACCUGAGGUAUCACAGGAGAAAAAAGACAGGCCAUAUGGCUGCGAAGUGCUGAAUGAGCAGAUCAAAGCUGCAGGCUCUGGUGACCCUCUACAUCUUGAUCCCCUGAAAAAUAAUGUUAUUACAAGUAACCAGUACAGCGACCUGCCCUCCCGUAAUCCUGUGGCCAUUUCACAGUUGAAAACGGCAUCCUUAUUAAACAGACCAAGUGAAAACGUGCAAAUGUUUACAGAAAAAAGUAAUUCUCAGGUACAGCAAGCAGCAAAUGGUGGUCAGACACAUCCCUUGCCUCAGCCUAACCUCAGAGCGAACGAAAUGCGGAACGACGACAAAUCCUGUUUGCAGCGGGAUGCCCUGGAGCGAGUAGAUGCCAAGUCCCAUCCACGACCUGUUCCCUGUGGUGGGGCCCGUAUGCCGGGUGCCGCAGAAGCUCUCAGGAGUAUUGAGUGUGCAGGGGAAGUGACCGUUCUGACAGCGACAAGUUUUGGUACGGACCAGCCACAGAGCACGGGGGACUCGGGGUGCUCGCCAGCCAAGAACACGCUCAGCAGUUUUCUUGAGUCACCUAUGAAGUUUCUUGACACCCCUACAAAAAAUUUAAUAGAUACACCUACGAAAAAAGGACAGUCUGAAUUGCCAGCUUGUGACUGUGUCGAGCAAAUUAUAGAGAAAGAUGAAGGUCCAUAUUAUACACACCUUGGGACAGGACCAACUGUUGCUGCUGUGAGAGAAAUAAUGGAGAACAGGUAUGGAGCAAAAGGAAGCGCUGUAAGAAUAGAGGUAGUGGUUUAUACAGGAAAGGAAGGAAAGAGCUCUCAGGGGUGUCCAAUUGCCAAGUGGGUGAUACGAAGAAGUAGCGAUGAAGAAAAGUUGCUGUGCUUGGUACGUCAGCGUGCAGGACACCACUGCCAAACUGCUGUCAUAGUGAUUCUGAUUUUGGCCUGGGAAGGGAUCCCACAUCUCCUGGCUGAUACCCUGUACAAGGAACUGACACAGAGCCUCAGAAAGUACGGCUGUCCCACAAGCCGCAGAUGUGCGUUAAAUGAAGACCGUACGUGUGCAUGUCAAGGACUUGAUCCCGAAACUUGUGGAGCAUCAUUCUCAUUUGGCUGUUCAUGGAGUAUGUAUUUCAAUGGCUGUAAAUUUGCCAGAAGCAAAAACCCCCGGAAAUUUAGGCUUCUGACUGAUGACUCCAAACAAGAGGAACUGCUUGAAAAUAAUUUGCAAACGUUAGCUACUGAUGUGGCUCCAGUUUAUAAAAAACUUGCUCCUGAGGCGUUUCAGAACCAGGUGGAAAACGAGCACAUGGGCCCAGACUGCCGGCUGGGGUGCAAGGACGGCCGGCCUUUCUCGGGGGUCACAGCUUGCAUAGAUUUCUGUGCCCACGCCCACAAGGACACACACAACAUGCACAACGGGAGCACGGUGGUCUGCACGUUAACGAAGGAAGAUAACCGGAGAGUGGGGGUGAUUCCAAGUGAUGAGCAGCUCCAUGUGUUACCUCUCUACAAAAUUUCACAAACGGAUGAAUUUGGCACUGAAGAGGGGCUGGAAGCCAAGAUAAAGGCUGGGGCGAUACAGGUGCUGACAGCUUUUCCCCGAGAAGUGCGAAUGUUAGCUGAGCCUCUCAGAGCUACCAAGAAAAAGAAACCUGACACAAGGAGGACCCCGUCCGAAAAGCAGCUGUUAAUAGAUAAAAAAUAUUCCACGCCACUGAAGCUGAAAACUGAAGCUCCAGAAAAUCUUAGCAACACGUUGCAUUGUUUAGGGAACAAAACAGAUGCUUUAAAACCUGGAAUAAAAACGGAGACUUCUGAUCACCUCUAUGCCAUGAAACACACUUCAAACUCUACUAAAAACUGCUCCUUGAUUAAACAGUAUGCGGCUUCCUCCCCGUUCAAGGUGGAUAGUUUACAUCCGUGUUCAUCGCUGGCACAUAAGCCUGACCUAACGGCAGUGACAAAUAUUCAACAGGAUUUUUCCGUUCCCUACGGGUAUUUUGAAUGCAGCAGUAAGCAACCUCACGUGCCACCUUAUCUUAACUGCAAGAACUUGGAUGCAUCGGGCGGCUGCUCCCACGGGUGCCCCGUGCAGAAGGGGAGCUCCCCUGCAGAGCAGCUGUGCGACCUGGACGGUGUUGACGAGAAGCAGGGCAGUGCCCCGGGACAGGCGGCUGACCCCGAGGAGAAGGCGGAGGAGCUGUGGUCAGACAGCGAGCACAACUUCCUGGAUGACGAUAUCGGCGGCGUGGCCGUGGCGCCUUCUCACGGCUCCAUCCUGAUCGAGUGCGCGAGGCGGGAGCUCCAUGCCACCACGCCUAUUAAGAAACCCAACCGCAAUCACCCCACGCGCAUUUCUCUAGUUUUCUACCAACACAAGAACUUAAAUGAGCCAAAACAUGGGUUAGCGAUGUGGGAAGCCAAGAUGGCCGAGCGGGCAAAAGAAAAAGAAAAAGAAGCAGAAAGAUUAGGAGCGGAAAAUACCGAUCUAAACUCCAGCAGCAGGAAAACGAAGCAAACCAGUGAAAGCAGAGAGAUCUUUUACGAAGACAACGAGUUCAACCAAAUUCCAUCACGCCGAGCAUUAACAGUAACUAAAGAUAACGUAAUAACAGUAUCCUCCUACGCCCUCACGCGAGUCGCGGGGCCGUACAACCAUUGGGCAUAG